GCUUCCACAGUUUCGUAUAAAACGAAGUCAUCACUUGAUGUUAUCUCACAAUAGGCUGAUAGUUCACAAGAAUGCAAAUAGGCUGUUCUAUCGUUUUGUGCAGUUGUAGCGGGUCCGGGUAGGAGGUGAAGUUGUUGAUGCUGAUUCUUCUGCCAAUUUCGUGGGAAAGAUAGAGAUAGUUUUUGUGCUUGUACUCGAAGAUAUGGUGAAAAUGGGGAACGACGCGGAAGCACCACCGGUCAAAGAGGAAAUUCCUUGUGAUCAUCUGUACAAAGUUACGGGACUGUCGUCCACGAAUUUGGAGAAGUUAGCACAAGUUUCAGAACCGCCGGCUGACUUCGAGACAGCGAUCUCCAUGACCGGCUACGGCCGCUUCAACGUACUUCUGAUGCUGUGCUCUCUGCCGGCGUUCUGGAGCGCCGUGUCCGUGACCAGCUCUGUGUCCUACAUCUUCACGAGCGCGCAGUGCGACAUGCAGCUCAGCCUCCUCGACAUGGGCACUGUCAACGCCAUCACUUAUGGAGGUAUGAUCUCAUCAGCGAUGCUGUGGGGUUACCUUUCGGACACCCUCGGCCGGAGGCGCAUCAUGGCUUUGGGCUUCAUGGGAUCUGGCUUGAUUGAGAUAGCUGCUGCUUUGAGCCAGAACUUCCCAAUGCUACUGCUCACAAGAUUCGCAAGCGGGUUCUUGUUCAAUGGUCCGUUUGCGGUAUUGCUGUCGUACCUAGCGGAGGUGCAUCGUACAGAGCUCCGCGCACGCGUCAUACUCCUUACCAGCCUGUUUUACACCGUCGCCAACACUACGCUGCCAAUCCUGGCCUGGGCGAUCCUGACGCGGGACUGGCACUUCUUCAUCUACGGAAAGGAAUUCGUGAUCCACAGUUGGAAUCUGUUCCUUCUGGCGACGGCCUUGGUGCCUCUGUUCACUGGAGUCGCCUUCCUCUGUCUGCCUGAGAGUCCGAAGUUCCUGAUGUCGAGAGGACGUAACGAUGAAGCCUUGAAGAUCUUCAGUAAGAUAUACAGCAUGAACACUGGCAGACCGGCGCAGGAAUUCCCUAUCAAGCGCCUAGUUGAAGAAAAACCCCAAGAGUUAGGUCGUGGGCUCGCAGCAUUGAAAGGGGGGCUGUCUCAGCUCGCGCCCCUGUUCCAGCCCCCCCACCUCAAGUGGCUGGUGGUGAUCUGCGUCAUACACGUGGGAUGUAUGUUUGGGUCGAACACGAUACGGCUUUGGUAUCCUCACUUGGCGGCUAUGAUCGACUCCAGCGCAGGCGGUCUGUGCGCGGCUCUGGAGCCUGCCGCGCCCUCUCUACCUGGCGACUGCGCUCCUCUCCACACAGACAUGGGGACUUAUCUGCAGAGCGCAGUGGUUGGAGCCGGCUCCGUGCUCACGUAUAGCAUCGGUGGAGCUUUCAUUAACAAAUGCGGUAAGAAGAUAGUAGUGGGCAUGUGUGGUGCUUGGAGCGCGGCACUGGUGCUGGCGUUACCCCUGUGUGGCGACUCAGUGGCGGUGGCGGCCACGGUGACUGCUGCGAUGGCCUUCACCGCAUUGUAUGGAGCCGCGCUAUCCAGCGUCACAGUCGAUCUGUUCCCUACCUCACUGCGGGUGAUGGCAAUGGCUACCUUUCUGAUGUGCGGCCGCUUGGGCACUAUAGCUGGCACCGUCACCUUCCCGGCACUCAUCACCUUCGGAUGCUGGCCGCCCUUCAUCACCAUCGCUGCUGUGCUGGGAGUCUGUGGUAUAGCGUGCUAUCUCCUUCCCAACACAACCUUGAAGAAAUUGGAAUAAGGAAGAACAUGGGUGGUGGAAGAAGAUAAGUUAUAGAAAAUCACGGAUAAAAAUUGACUGAUUUCAUUGUUUUUUAUUCAUCUUUGCUUUUAAUUUAAUAAAUUUAUUAAAUUAAUGAUUUGAAUGAGUUCAAAAAACAUGACUGUCCUGCCAAAGAAAAUAAAUCAAAAGUCGGAAAUAAGUUAAAAGUUAAAAAGUUGUAGCAGUCGAGGGAUCUCAUAAAUUAAAAAAAAGUGACCCGCAGAACACAGUUUAUGUUUUGCCAAUGUUUUUUUUUAAUUCUGUAAACAGAUUUUGAAGGCAAAGAUGAAAUGAAUUUAUUAGAGUAUACAACAAAGUUGUAAAGUUCAUAUAAUAUUUAUAAUAUAGUUUUGGAAUAAACUCAUCAACGUCUUUAUUACAAUGUCUAUAUUAUUAUUGUAAUAAUUAAAGUAUUUUUUUUAUCUAGUAUGCCUGGUACUUUUUUAAAAUCAUGUGUGUGUAUUAUAAGUCUUAACUAAAAUAUGUAUAGAAUGGUUAAACUGUAUAAUUUUAAAGUUUGUAUGAUAUUAAAAUUUAUAUAAAUAAAUUUAAAACCUAAGGUCUCGUCUUUGUAAUGCAUACUAACAACAAAUAGUUAAUUUUUAAGACGAAUUGUAAAUAAUCUUAGCCUGUAUUAUAAAAUGGUGUGAUGAAAAUAAAAAUGCGAACUUUUUUAAAAAUAUUUCUCUUUCUUUAUUUAUAAUUUAUCAUAAAACUAAUCUCUUCCAUCGUCAAAGUUACACUUAGAAGUAACAGGCGAUUUGAGGAGCCUUCAAUACGUUACGCACCAGGUAAACAACUGUUGACAAUGUGCUUUUUGUUGUUAAGUGUCACAACGACUAUUACACUGCGAGCCAAAAUAAUGGUACUUUGUUAAUUCGUCACUUAUAAAAAUUGAACACUAUCUAAGAUCUAUAUUUGCCAGUAAAAUUAUCACCUUUCGUAUUUGAAACGAACAUAGCUUUUUAAAAAGAAAAAAAGGAUUUUGUUACAUAAAGCACAUAGUCAACAAUUUUUCAUGAUGGUUAAAUAAGGCGCUAGGUACCUACGUCGUCAGUCUAACGUAAUGACUAAACAGCGUUUUGUUAUUUUUACAUUGAAAUUUGUAAAUAAUUAUUGAAACAAUAUUCAUAUGACUUAUUUGAACUGGCUUGCAUUUUGUGACUAAACAAAAAAGUCCAAUAUAUAUUUAGCUAUGAUUUUUUUUUUCAUAAAAAGGCCAGUGCGCAGUUGAUCAUCUAUUAUUUUAUUUAUUUAUUAUUUCGGUAAGGGAUUAAAAUAUUCAUCAAAUAUAUUUUUUUCUAAUAAAAAUCUGACCUUUCAGUUUAAACAGUUUCAUUACCUACAUGUUAUGACAAAGCAAGGUUUUUUAUAAAGACUAGAAUGAAUGUUAUUGUCAACUCACUUUGUCUCCAAGCAAUACACUCAUAAAUUCGAGCAUCUUUACAAAGUAUUUGUAUAUAAUUACAUAUACUUAUUUAUAGGCCAGUGAAAUUGACUGUUUAUUACCCUAUAUUUAUGUAUAAAUUUUGGAUUAUCCCUUUAAUCAUAUAUUAUAUAUAUUCUGAAUACAACGCAAGGCACAAUGUUCGAAAUCAGGUAUUACAAUUAUUAAACCUAAGUAUCUAUUCUGUUUAAAAUCCACGAUUGCACUAUUUUUCAAUACACUUUAAUGUUAACAUUGGCAGAUCUUCGAUUAUAAACAACUAAAAGAUUAAGAUCAAUGUGUGAUUAUGUCUAAUGAAAAACUAUAUUUUGACAGUUUAUUAAUUUCUGGUUUUGCUCCCAUGACGCGACGCACAUGACACGUACUGAGACAAACUUUAUCAUUAUUCCCUGGAGUCAGUUAAAAAUGCUUAUCACACAGCCUUCUUCACAAUAUAUAACUGUUAACCAACACGCGAUACAACAACAAAAAGAUUGUGUCAAAUUAUUAUUUUUGUACAAAUAGAAAUAAUAUUAUAUACAGGUCGCGGCACAUAACUCUAGCGCUGAACAAAACGCUGGGGGGAUAGCUUCGCAUGGGUACGACUGGAGAGACAAUCGGCUCAACAAUGGCCCACCCGCUCGUUUCCCCCCAACACAUCUUUAUUUUUAGGGUUCCGUACCUCAAAAGGAAAAAGCGAAACCCUUAUAGGAUCACUUUGUCCGUCCGUCCGUCUGUCAAGACCGUUUUUUUUCAAGAACGCGUGGAGGUAUCAAACUGAAAUUCAUAUCUAAUACUCAGGUCUACUCUACCUUGGAGCUGUAAAAAAAUCAAACUUCUAAGCAAAAGCAAUCAAAAGAUCCAGCCGUUUAUGCCGCAAUUUUCCGCAAAUUUUCGAAACUUGCACGGUAAUCAAAACCUACAGUGUACUUCCCGUGAACUUAGAAUCUUGAAAUUUGGUACGAAGUAACGUCUUGUAGUACAGGUAAAGAAAAACAUGCGAAAACCGUAAAUUUUUAGUUCAAAACUAUUUUUGAAAUAUCAGGUUUGUACGGAACCCUCAGUGCGCGAGUCCUACUCGGACUUGGCCGGUUUUUACUUCUGCGCAAUAACGGUCUGAGCUAGAGUUUCGUGCCACGACUCAUACUGUGACACAGACGAAGAAAUUUCUAGAAACUUCACGUCGAGUAUCUGCAGUACAAACUAAUUCAGGCUUUAGUAGUACGGCGUGUGUAUAUGGCUUGGGGUAGUCCCAAAGCCAUAGAAAAGGGAAUUUGCCAGUUACCUCGACCUUUUUAUAAGGAUUUAGUUGUAUGUGAGUACUUUAAAGGAGGUCUCUUAUGCUCAGUAUAGUUUGUUUUAUCAUUUUUGAAGCAAAUUCUAUACAAAUACGUUAGUACGAUGUAUAGGGAACUCAUUGUAUUGUGUUUGGUGCAGUUGUUGAGUUUUCUGUGUUGGCAUUACUUAAUUUAUUCGAACCUCGUAUUGUUUAGAAAAGAAAAUAAAGAACUAAUUUUGAUUUAAAACAAAACUCUAUCAUCAUUAUAGAUUUCAUAAUUGCUUCGAUGUGAAUAUGUGUGUUUUUGUAUGGAGUUAAGUGCAGUUACUAUGUAUGUUUUGUAUUGGCAAAUAAAAAUCGGUCAAGUUCAAACUGGCAAUAAAUUAUUUCGAAUCCCACCCCGACACGUAAAAACACUAUACACUAAGCUUAAAUAAUUUACAAUCUAAGGUAAGGCAUAUUUCAUAAUUAUAAAUAGUAAAUUUUACAUAUAAUAUAGUACAUACAACUUUUAUAUAUACAGUCUCGCGUAGUCUUAAAGCCGAGCUCUUUACAACAUAUUAUACAACUUAAUGAAAUUGUAUAGUUGACUAUAGCUAUGGUACAAUUAUCACGGAGUAAGGCCCCAUAACAUCCAUGGCUCAGUAUGUUGAGAAAACAGUGUUUCUUUUAAGGAACUCCACGACAAAAUUGGCUUAUCCAAUCUGGGAGAGUAGCCAGACUAGUGAAUGAUGAAGUUGUAUGAAUGAUGAAUGCUGAUGAUAAAUGUUCACACUGUUCCCUCGCAUCGUUUUAACACCACUGCAAUAUUUUAACAAAUCACUACAUUAAAAUACCAAUCGUCGACUUUAUAAGGCCUCGUAUCGUGGUUACGCGCGGUAGCUUUGAAACCAAAAAAAAAACAUUAUUUACAUUUUGUGGUGUAUCGUGGUUUGUUGCGUUCAUGCAUAAUUUAAAUAAAUACAUCUCCCCCAAUAAGGGGUUAACCGAUGCCCGAAACAUGGGCCCUGUCAAACACAACUGCAACAAAAAAUCCAUUAAAUAUCCCUAACUACACGUGACGACAUUAAGAAUCGGCUGCACUGCUACAAUAAAAGUUGUCCAUCAUUAUUUUCAAACAGAGUGAAAUUUCAAAUAUUAGGUGAAAAUUCGUGCAGGCUAUUUUUAAUGUCCCCAAGUGUACAACGAAUUCAUUGAAUAAAACAAUAAUAAGUCCACGACUUAAAUAAAAACCGAGUCUCAACGAGAGUUCAUUCAUAUUCAAACAACGAAAAAAAAACGUCUUCGCACUGCAUCACUAUUGUUUUGUGAAGUACAAAUAGUCUUAUAAAUAUAGUUAUUCACAAUCCGACGACGACCGUUUCGGACAAAGUAUCUCUAACUGUUCACACCUCACAAUUUCAAUUGUGAUUUGGAAAGUAAUAUACACAUAGAAAAGUAUAAUGUCUAUUUCGUCCACUCUACUGCACUACAGGUUGCAACCUCCUCAAUUUUGCUGGGUAGCCGAGCUGGGCAUCGUCAUCGUCAGCUCGGCGGCGCAAGCAGCACCUCGAGCCAGCACGGGCAGGCGGUGACGUCACGGCGCGAGUACUUCGGCCCCCAGCCUUUAGCGAAGGAUAUUCGCACGGACAGCGGGUCUACCGGCCCAAUGUGGGGUAGACUGCGAGCGGCAGGGGGGCGCUGUGGGUCAAAGAUGCACAAGCAGUGCGCCGGCGCAACUCUCCACACAAGCAACGCCUUCGCCGCCUCCGCGUCCAGCGCCGGAGAGCUCACAAACACUGGCUCCUGGCUCCGGUUGUAAAGCCACACGCCGUCAGAUUCGAGGGACAGGGUCACACCUAGACCGAUCUUGGAUCGCGUCUUCCGCACCUGUGGAAAAGGAAAGUAUCGGUCAAUUUUCCUGUUACGAAAAAUGGUCGAUCAUUCUCGACUUCUUAGUGACAGAAUUAAGAGGAACAUGU